CUUUGAACUCUAUAUUUCAUGUUUCCUGACAUACCCCCCCAAAGAACUGCAAUUAUGCUAGUGAGGCUGCAGGAGCGUUAAACUGUUCUUUCCCAGUUCUUUUGCCUUUUGCUGCUUUUCCCUGCAUUCCUGUUUAGAGCUGGACCUCUAUUUUUUAUUUUUAGUAUACAUAGUUCUUAGGAUAUCAGAAAAAAAUCAUACUGAAGAUUCACUGUGAGGCAUAGCUAUUUUUGUUAGAAGCUGAUACUUAAGACUGAGCUUUAAGAAUUGCCUUUGGAAGGCCUUGGGUUUCUCGAUGAGGGCAACAGUCUGCAGAGGAAACAGAAAGUUCAGAGGGGUGCAAAAGAAGAAGGAACAGAAUUAGAAAAAGCAAAGGACCUCCCUCUUUCUCAUUCUGCAGCUCUUGCAAGAGCCAGCAACCAUUAUCUAAAUUCCCACAGUAGAUCUUGACCUUUUAACAGAGUAUUUCUUAUCAUCAUCAUCAUCAUCAUCAUCAUCAUGUCGGAGAUUGCAGCAGAAGGACGUAUGUCUACAACCACAACAAUAAUAGAUGGUAAGAACGGAUCCAUUCCCUCAGCAUCCAUGAAAGUGGGCAAGAAAUCAGUUACAGAAGACCUCGUGACAACAUUCAGCUCACCAGCAGCAUGGCUUCUUGUUGUUGCUCUGAUUGUUACCUGGUCAGCAGUAGCUAUUGUAAUGUUUGACUUGGUGGAUUACAAAGACUUCGCAGACACCUAUUCACAACAUUGUGAUGAUCCCUGUUUACCACCUGGAAGAUCUGUUAACAAGCUCAGCACAGAACCACUGAGAAUCAUUCAUGAGACAUUGGAAGAAUCCACUGAUUGGAUUUAUGGCUUUAUUUCUUUACUGUCUGACAUCGUAUGGAGUGAUGAUGAUGACAGUGAUGAAGGUGAAGUGGAAACUUCCGUGAAAAAAGAAAUUCAUAAACAGAAGCCAGAGAGACAUGAAAAGCGAACACCACCGAAAGUAAUUCACAGAGACAAACCUGAAAAACAAGAAAAAAUUGAGCGAAGGGAACCCCUAAAGGUGACACAUAAAGACAAACUGGAAAGACAAGAAAAAACAGAAAAAAGGGAAAGGCAUGCAGCUAUUCAAAAAGAGAAACCUGAAAAGCCAGAAAAAACUGAAAAGAAAGCACCUUCCAAAGUAAUUCAAAAAGACAAACCUGAGAGACAUGAAAAAGCUGAAAACAGACCUCCUCCCAAAGAGGAGAAGAAAGUAAAAAGCACUAAAGUGGAAGCAAAAGUUAAAAGGGAAGUGAAGGAUGGAAAAGGAGAUGCAAAGACACCUGAGAAGGUCAAGCAGACAGAGACUAAAACAACAGAAGUUGGGCUAAUAAAGGCCAAACCGAAAGUUAAGGAGGACAGAGCUCUUCAGACUGUAACUAAAUCAGAAAAGAAAGAUCAAUAUGCAUUCUGUCGCUAUGUGAUUGAUAUGUUUGCGCAAGGGGAUUUUUAUCCAGGACAUAAGGAAAUGGUACCACCUCGUCUUCUUCUAGAACAUAGUCCAAGAAAGAAACCAGCAGAUAUUGAAGGCAAGUUUGAGUUUUUUCCUUAUUUACUGACUUCUACUCAUUAACUUGACUCUGUGUUCUAAUGGAUUUUGUUUAUAAAUAUAACGUAUAUCAUAAAACUCAUCAAAUUAUUAGGUUAUGAAUGGUGCAGUCAUAUUUGCAUGACUUAAACAUUCCCUGUAAUAGUCCUACAGAUGGCUCAGGGGAUUUCCUGAGUGAAAUAGAUUACAAGAGCGAGGCUCAAUCUGUAAAAUGCGUUAGAUGGUGCUCAUCCACAAGUUAGCAUCUAACUGUAAACAUAAGCAUUAUCCUCUUAAUAUAUUUUGGAUUACUCUUUCAGCUAUUGUUAUUCAGUAAUGUUUCUGUGCAUUACCUUCAGUAAUGAACAUAAUUCUUCUGGCUUUGCAUUUAUCAACCUUACUCAUAUUGUUAAAACCAUUGAAAGAAAAAUACAAAGUCAGAUUUUGCCUUCAGAAGGUGAAAAUAUAACCUCUGCAAUUGAAUUAUAUUGUUUACAGUCUGAUCAUAUAAGUUCAAUGGUUGAAAUAUGCAUUUUAAUUUCAAAAUGGACUAUAACCAAUGACUUAAAACUACUAGUGCAAUAUACAUUCUCUACACCAUACUAUUUAAUAGUACAAAACACAAGUCUUUUCAUAUAAUUAUAAAGCAAUUUUCAUAUAAUAGUUUGCAGUCAUUCAGUCACACCAUGACACUUGCUAAUCUUUCUCGUAGAGGUCCUAGUUCUGUGUUAUCCAGAAAGCAAUUGUAAUGUAAGAGAAAAACAGAUGAGAUGGCAGCAGAAUAAGUAACGUGAGCCACGAGAUUUGCCUGCA